AUGACUACAACAGUCCCCUUGAUAUACUCGUUCCCCGAGUUCGAGGGUGUGGCCGAUGCUGUAGCGGACCAUGUGAUCUCAGCACAGAACCUCACCCUCUACAAUACCUUGGAUAAGGCCAUCGUUCAGAAAUUGCGCAAUUCUCCACUGAGCACUGUCCUUACCGAGAUGGUAUCGUCUUCUUCUAUUCUGCUUCAUAGCAGAAGCAAUAGCGCGUCUAGCAAAGCCGAUACGUUGAACAAUUCCACCUUGGGUGGCCCGGGAACACCCGCCAGUGGCAGAAGAGUGCCUAAGUUGAAGAAAAAGUCUGAAGUUCGGUUUAAGAUUGCUCUUAGUGGAGGCUCAUUGAUCAAGAUCUUGCAUCAGGGAUUGUUGUCCCGAGAAUCGGAGAUUGAUUGGGGAAAGUGGGAUAUAUACUUUGCCGAUGAGAGAUUGGUUCCCUUUGACAGCCCUGACUCUAACUAUGGCUCUGCAAAACGUGAGAUCUUUGAUCUUAUCCAAAGUGAGGUCAAGCCAAGAGUGUACCACAUCGAUGAACUGUUGAUAGACGAUCCCCAGGAAUGUGCUGAUAGCUACGAGAAGAUUCUCAUUGAUAACUUUGCUAAGAAGGACUCCGUCAAAUUGCCAAUGUUUGACUUGUUGCUUCUUGGCUGUGCUCCUGAUGGACAUAUUGCGCUGUUGUUCCCCAACCAUGGCGAGCAAUUGCGAGAGAAGUUGGCCUGGUGUAUGCCAGUUCUGAAGGCUCCCAUGGGGCCUGAAAACAGAAUCACAUUGUCGAUCCCUGUCAUCUGCCACGCACACAGAGUCACAUUUGUUGUAGAAGGUUUGACAAAAGCACCCAUCAUGAGAAUCAUUAUGGAGAGACCAGAAAAAGGGUUGCCCAGCUCCAUUGUCAAUGAGGGUGCAGCAGGUCGUGUGACCUGGUUUGUGGACGAUGAUGCCUUGAAGGACUGCUAUGAUAGCACCAAGAAGAAGUACAAGUUUCUCAGCAUAGAUGAACCAAUCAUUUAG